AUGGCGGUUUCUUCUGGAACUUUCUCCACCACUUUCCUCUGCAUCAAAACUGCGUCGUUUCGCAGCCAAUCGAGUCCUUUGUCUCUCCGGCUAGCCUCUCACCCGGCUAAACUACGCAUGGUAACAUCUGCGACGGCGUCUUCGGAGCCCGCGGCAACCAAUAAGAAAGUGCCACGCGGUAUCAUGAAGCCUCGACCAGUGUCUCCGGAGAUGCAGGACGUUGUCGGACUGUCGGAAAUCCCUCGCACCCAAGCUCUCAAGCGUAUUUGGGCUUACAUAAAGGAAAAUGACCUUCAAGACCCACAAAACAAGAGGGAUAUCUUGUGUGAUGAGAAGCUGAAGAAGAUAUUCGAUGGGAAAGAACGGGUUGGGUUCCUGGAGAUUGCAAAGCUCAUUGGUCCUCACUUCCUCUAA